AUUCUUGCUCUGCUUUCCUUCUUUUCUAGAAAGCAGUAUUUAUUUCUAGUCAUGCAUAUUGGGAGCUGAAUGUGCAUUUUUAAAGGGAACCUGAGAGAAUGGGCCACAGGAGACUAACCAGAGCCAUUGGUGCAAGUUCCAGAGAGUGCUAGACUGAACACAAGUGCUCCUGCAGGUAGCACUGGUGUUCUGAGUGUGGGGGUUGGAAGAGAAUGUUCCCAUCCAAGGGAAGGUGCAAUGCCUGUGGAAAAUUUCUGUCUCUCCAAAAUUAUGAAGAACAGUGAACUUCACCUAUUUCAGAGCAGUGACAUCUCUCAUGCAUUUUUACAGAUACUGGAUACUUGCUCUAUUCCAUGGGUUUCACCUUCAGAGAUUCGAGAUGUCAGCCGGGUCCUUCCUGCUGUCUGUUGACUGAGAGCCAUGAGCAGAGACGCUGGCAUGGAGAUUUUUGGUGAGGCCGCACCGUACCUGCGCAAAUCUGAGAAGGAGAGAAUAGAAGCCCAGAAUCAGCCAUUUGAUGCCAAGACCCACUGCUUUGUGGCUGAUCCCGAGGUGGAGUACACCAGGGGAAGGAUUAAGGCUGCACAGGAUGGGAAGAUAACUGUUGAGACAGAGGAUGGCAGAACAGUUGUUGUCAAACCUGAUGAUGUGUAUGCCAUGAACCCACCUAAGUUUGACAGAGUUGAGGAUGUGGCCAUGCUGACCCACCUGCAUGAACCUGCUGUCCUCUACAACCUCAAGGACCGCUACAGCUCCUGGAUGAUCUAUACCUACUCGGGUCUCUUGAAGUGGCUGCCCGUGUACAACCCCGAGGUGGUGUUGGCCUACCGAGGCAAGAAGCGCCAGGAGGCCCCUCCACACAUCUUCUCCAUCUCUGACAACGCCUAUCAGUUCAUGCUGACUGAUCGUGAAAACCAGUCUAUCCUGAUCACUGGAGAAUCCGGUGCUGGGAAGACGGUGAACACCAAGCGCGUCAUCCAGUACUACGCGACAAUCGCCGCCAGCGGGGACCCGGCCACCACGAAGGAGUCCCGGGUGAAGGGUAUGCUCAAGGAUCAAAUCCUCAGUGCCAACCCACUGCUGGAGGCCUUUGGGAAUGCCAAGACCGUGAGAAAUGACAACUCCUCUCGCUUUGGUAAAUUCAUUCGUAUCCAUUUUGGAACCUCAGGAAAACUGGCCUCUGGUGACAUUGAGACCUACUUGCUGGAAAAGUCAAGAGUCACUUUCCAACUGAAAGCUGAGAGAAGCUACCAUAUCUUCUACCAGAUCCUCUCCAAUAAGAAGCCUGAACUGCUUGAGAUGCUCCUGGUCACAGCCAACCCCUAUGACUAUCCCUUCAUCAGCCAAGGGCAGAUCUCUGUGGCCAGCAUCGAUGACCAGGAGGAGCUUGUUGCCACAGAUGUGGCCAUUGACACUUUGGGCUUCAGCCCCGAUGAGAGAAUGGGGAUUUACAAGUUGAUGGGAGCGAUCCUGCACAGUGGGAACAUGAAGUUCAAGCAGAAACCACGUGAGGAGCAGGCAGAGCCUGAUGGCACAGAAGAGGCUGAUAAAGCAGCAUAUCUGAUGGGCCUGAACUCAGCAGAUUUGCUGAAGGCUUUGUGCUACCCCCGGGUGAAAGUGGGAAAUGAAUAUGUCAUGAAGGGCCAAACUGUGGAUCAGGUGCAGCAGGCAGUGAAUGCCAUUGCCAAGUCUGUCUAUGAGAAACUCUUCCUGUGGAUGGUUGUUCGCAUCAACCAACAGCUGGACACGAAGCUGCCAAGACAGCACUUUAUUGGGGUCUUAGACAUUGCUGGCUUCGAGAUCUUUGAGUUUAACAGCUUUGAGCAGCUGUGACAGUUCUUCAACCACCACAUGUUCGUGCUGGAGCAGGAGGAGUACAAGAAGGAGGGGAUUGAAUGGGAGUUCAUUGACUUUGGCAUGGACCUGGCUGCCUGCAUUGAGCUCAUUGAGAAGCCCAUGGGCAUCUUCUCCAUCCUGGAAGAGGAGUGCAUGUUCCCCAAGGCAACUGACACCUCUUUCAAGAACAAGCUCUAUGACCAACACCUGGGCAAGUCCAGCAGCUUCCAGAAGCCCAAGCCUGGAGCUGGCACAGUGGACUACAACAUCACUGGCUGGCUGGAGAAGAACAAGGACCCUCUGAAUGAAACUGUCAUUGGGCUGUACCAGAAGUCAUCUAUGAAAAUUUUAUGCCAUCUUUAUGCCAGUUUUGCUUCCUUAGAUGAAGCUGAAGGUGGUGGAAAGACAAAAGGAACCAAGAAGAAGGGCUCUUCCUUCCAAACUGUGUCUGUACUCUUCCGGGAAAAUCUAAAUAAAUUGAUGUCUAACUUACGAACAACUCAUCCCCACUUUGUGCGUUGCAUCAUUCCCAAUGAAACAAAGACCCCAGGUCUGAUGGACCACAGGCUUGUUCUGCACCAGCUGCGAUGUAAUGGUGUUCUGGAAGGCAUUCGGAUCUGCAGGAAAGGAUUUCCUAACAAGAUACCAUAUGGGGAUUUCAAACAAAGAUACCACCUUCUGAAUUCCAGUGUCAUUCCAGAAGGAAAGUUUAUUGAUAGCAGGAAGGCGUGUGAAAAGUUGCUGUCUUCCAUUGAGAUAGAUCAUACUCAGUACAAAUUUGGACACACUAAGGUGUUCUUCAAGACAGGUUUGCUGGGUGUCCUGGAAGAGAUGCGAGAUGACUGUUUAGGACAGCUGAUCACACGGACCCAGGCUUUGUGCAGGGGAUACCUUCGGAGGCUUGAGUUGAAAAGAAUGUUCGACCACAGGGAGUCCAUCCUCUGCAUCCAGUACAACAUUCGUGCAUUCAUGAAAGUCAAGCAGUGGCCCUGGAUGAAGCUGUACUUCAAGUUAAAACCCCUGUUAAAAAGUGUGGGAACUGAGAAAGAACUGGCCAUGAUGAAGGAAGAGUUUGAGAGAACAAAAGAAGAACUGGCUAAAUCAGAAGCCAUGAGGAACAAACUGGAAGAAAAAAUGGUGACUCUGGUGCAAGAGAAAAAGGACCUACAGCUGCAAGUACAAACUGAAAAUGAAAAUUUGGCUGAUGCUGAAGAAAGAUGUGACCAGCUGAUCAAACUAAAAUUCCAGCUGGAAGCUAGAAUAAAGGAGGUAAUGGAAAAGCUGGAAGAUGAUGAGGAGAUGAGUGCUGAUCUGGCAGCCAGAAAGAGGAAACUGGAGGAUGAAUGUUCUGAGCUGAAGAAAGAUAUGGAUGACCUUGAGUUAACAUUGGUCAAGGCAGAAAAGGAAAAACAUGCCACUGAAAACAAGGUCAAAAAUCUGACUGAAGUAGUGACAGGUUUGGAUGAGACUGUUGCAAAAUUAGUCAAGGAGAAGAAGGCCCUGCAAGAAGCCCAGCAACAGGCACUGGAUGACCUGCAAGUAGAGGAGGAGAAAGUUAACACCCUCACCAAAGCUAGGAUCAAGCUGGAGCAGCAAGUGAACCACGUUGAAGGAUCUUUGGAACUCGAAAGAAAAGCGUGUAUGGACCUUCAAAGAGCAAAGAGAAACCUUGAGGGAGAGUUGAAACUUGCACAGGAAACCAUAGUAGAUCUGGAGAAUGAUAAACAACAUUUAGAUGAAAAAUUAAGGAAGAAAGACUUUGAUUUUAACCAGAUGCAAAAUAAAAUUGCGGAACAGCGAAAUGCGGGGACUCAUUUACAGAAGAAGAUCAGAGACUUGCAGGCCCGUGCUGCAGAGCUGGAGGAGGAGACCGCAAGUGAGAAAGCGACGCGGGCAAAAGCAGAGAAGCGUUGUGCUGAGCUGGCCAGGGAGCUUGAGGAAAUCCGUGGGAGCCUUGAAGAGGCUGGAGGAGCCAGCACUGCUCAAACAGAGCUCACCAAGAAGCGUGAGGCAGAGUUCCAGAAGAUGCGGCGGGACCUGGAACUGCGCAAGAAGCACGCGGACAGCACCGCUGAGCUGGGGGAGCAGAUCGACAACCUGCAACGUGUGAAGCAGAAGCUGGAGAAGGAGAAGAGUGAGCUGAAGAUGGAGAUUGAUGACUUGGCCGGUCGUACAGAGAUCAUUAUCAAGUCCAAGGCUGUUCUGGAAAAAAGGUACCGCACCCUGGAAGAUGAGAUGAGUGAGAUGAAAGCCAAAUUUGAGGAGCACCAGAGGACUGUGAAUGAGAUGGUGAUGCAAAAAGCCCAGCUUCAGACAGAGUCUGGUGAACUGAGCCAUCAACUCAAAGAGAAAGAAACCAUAAGGUUGCAGCUGUCCAGAGGCAAGCAGGCACUUACACAGCAGAUAGAAGAACUCAAGAGACAGCUGGAGGAAGAGGUCAAGGCCAAGAACGCCCUGGCCCACGCCCUGCAGUCCGCUCGCCACGACUGUGACUUGCUCCGGGAACAAUAUGAGGAGGAGCAGGAGGCCAAGGGGGAGCUGCAGAGAGCCCUGUCCAAGGCCAACAGCGAGGUGGCUCAGUGGAGAACAAAAUACGAGACAGACGCCAUUCAGCGCACGGAGGAGCUCGAGGAGGCCAAGAAAAAGCUCUCUCAGCGUCUCCAGGAGGCAGGGCAGCAGGCAGACAUGCUGAAUUCCAAGUGUGCCUCCUUGGAGAAGAUGAAGUUGAAGCUGCAGGGGGAAGUGGAGGAUCUGACACUGGACAUAGAGAGAGCAAACUCAUCUGCAGCUGCCCUUGACAGGAAACAGCGGAAUUUUGAUAAGGUCCUGGCAGAAUGGAAGGGGAAGUAUGAGGAGAGCCAGCUGGAGCGGGAAGGUCUCUCUAAAGAAACAGGUUCCCUGAACACAGAGGUUUUCAAAGUGAAAAAUGCCUAUGAGGAAACCUUAGAUCAGCUUGAAACAAUCAAACAGGAGAACUCCACUCUCCAGAAGGAAGCAGCUGAUCUCACAGAGCAAAUUACUGCAAAUGGCAAAAUUAUCAGAGACCUUGAGAAAGCAAAAAAGCAAGCUGAAAUAGAAAAAAAUGGUCUGCAAUUAGCUCUGGAGGAGGCAGAGGCAGCCCUUGAGCAUGAAGAAGUCAAAAUCCUUGGUGUCAACCAAGAACUGACUCGGAUAAAGUCAGAAAUUAGCAGAAAGAUUGCUGACAAGGAUGAGGAGAUCAACCAGCUAAAAAAGGACCAUGAAAGGAUUGUGGAGACAAUGCAGGGUGUUUUAGAUGGUGAGAUAAGGAGCAGGAAUGAGGCCCUGAGGCUGAAGAAGAAGAUGGAGGGAGACCUGACUGAAAUAGAGAUCCAGCUGAGCCAUGCCAACCGCCAGGCUGCAGAGGCACAGAAACACCUGCACAGCAUCCAGGGAGCUCUCAAGGACACCCAGAUACACCUGGAUGAUGCUCUCAGGACACAGAAGGACCUGAAGGAGCAGGUGGCCAUGGUGGAGCGCAGAGCAAACCUGCUGCAGGCUGAAGUUGAGGAGCUCCGGGCAGCCCUGGAGCAGACGGAGAGGUCGAGGAAGCUGGCUGAGCAGGAGCUUCUGGAUGCCACUGAACGUGCCCAGCUCCUCCACACCCAGAACACCAGCCUUUUAAAUACAAAGAAGAAGCUUGAAAAUGAUAUGGCAGAACUCCAAACAGAGAUAGAGGAUGUUACUAAUGAAGCAAAAAGUGCUGAAGAAAGAGCUAAGAAGGCAAAGACAGAUGCAGCCAGGAUGGCAGAAGAGCUGAAGAAGGAGCAGGACACCAGUGCCCACCUGGAGAGGACGAAGAAGAACCUGGACCAGACAGUGAAGGACCUGCAGCACCGUCUGGAUGAGGCCGAGCAGCUGGCACUGAAGGGAGGGAAGAAGCAGGCCCAGAAGCUGGAGGCCAGGAUCCAAGAAUUAGAAGGUGAACUGGAAGAAGAACAGAAAAAAUCCUCAGAGGUUAGGAAAAACAUCUGCAAAUAUGAACAGCAUUUCAAAGAGCUCACUUUUCAGUGUGAAGAACAAAAGAAGAGCAUGAUUAAGUUGCAAGAUAUGGUAAAUGGACUGCAGAUGAAAAUCAAAUCCUACAAAAGACAAGCUGAGGAAGCUAAUCAACAAGCCAAUGCUGAUCUCUCCAAACUGAGAAAUGCACUGCAUAAGAUAGGUGAGGCCCUGGAAAGGGCAGAUAUUGCUGAGAGCCAAGGAAAUAAACUCAGAGCUAAGGCCCGAGAAGGCGCUGCUACAAAGGUGGUGUUAGGAACUGAGAAAUGAGCUUCUUCUGGGAUAACUUCCAAAAAGUAUCUCUCCAGGUGUGGAAGUAAUUUCCCACAAAAGUAAAGUAAUAAAGUAAAACUUUGUUUAUGAAUACAAA